UUUGUAAUUAUACUUUCAUUAUUACUAUUAAUAUUAUAUUAAUUAUUACUUACUUUUUUUUUAAGUAAUACACAUUGUAGCUAAAUUUUUUAUCAGUAAUUUUUUGCCGUCUUGAUUUAAUAGGCCGGUAGGUUAAUAGCCAUUUGGCCGGUUUAACACCUUCCAACAAAUUGUGUUCUUAUGUAAAAUACAGAUUGUAACCAUUAAAAUAAUUUAUUAUUUAUAUUAUAAUUAUUUAUUUUAUUAUAAUAAAUAGUAUAUAUAAGAGGAGAGGUCUUUGGAUCCUAUUUUUAUGUAAUCAUUCAUUAUUUUUUGCAAGAAAGAGUAAAUUUCAACUACUUAAUGUGAAAAUAGUAUAGUAACAACAGAACAUAACAUGAUCAAUUCAUGUUCUGUUACAUAAACUUCUAAUAAAAUGUAAACGCAUUAAUAUUUACAAUGUAGAGUGCAGAGAAGAAAUUAUGUAUAUCAAAUAAAAUCACUUGAUUUUAAACUCCUUGUGUUUAUAAUAUCGCACAUCAUAUUAGACUUCAUAUUUAUAAGAUAUUUACAUAAAUGUUAUGCGAUACUUAGAUUUUUAAAUGCUCAUAUUGAAUAUGAUCUACGGCUAUUAUUCAAAUAGUUUCCUUUUCUUUGCGGACUUGGGUACAAAUCAAAAUCUUACAAACAAAUGACGUACGCGGACGUUCUUAACCAAUGGUAGCGUUUUGUUUUCGUCACAUAAAACUACCCCUCAGGGCUUUUGUGAAAGACGUUUUCUGUACGUAUCGGGUUUGAUUUUAACAAGUAUCAGUUGUGUAUUGCUUAUUCGCUGAUUUUCGAUAAUUUCAAAUGUCUAAAAAUUCGGAUUUUGCAUCAUAUUGCAGUACUUUACUGAACGAUACUAGUGAUUUAAUGCACUUUAAUCACACGAGUCGUGAUAGUCCUUUAGAACCGCUUGUUUAUUAUGACUUACAACCCGUAUCUGAAACUAUUAAAGAGAGUUCUUGUAGCUCACAGUCAAUGUGUAACAUUUCAAAUACAAUUUGUAUGUCAAAAACUUCAGAAAAAAAUAUGGAAAUUAUUAGCGAUGAGAACAUCACGAAUAAGAGGAAAGGAUCUGCUCAUGGUAGCGAUUUUGAAGAUGACAACAAUGAAGAUUCAAGAUCUACUCGAAUAGAUGAUAACAAAAAGCACAAUCAUAGUGAAAUAGAAAAACGUAGAAGAGAUAAAAUGAAUUUCUAUAUAACCGAAUUAGCCAGUAUGAUACCUAUGUGCCAUGCGAUGUCACGAAAAUUAGACAAAUUAACUGUACUUAGAAUGGCUGUACAACAUAUGAAAACUAUAAGAGGAACUGUAAAUUCAUACACAGAAGGACAUUAUAAACCACCAUUUCUAUCAGAUCAAGACUUGAAGAAUUUAAUCACACAAGCAGCUGAAGGUUUUGUAUUUGCUGUAAGUUGUGAUCAUGGCAAAAUUCUUUAUAUAUCAAAAUCAGUCACUCAAGUUCUUAAUUAUUCACCUGAAGAUUUAGUAGGGAACAAUGUAUUUGAUUAUAUUCAUCCAAAAGAUGUGGCAAAAGUAAAAGAACAGUUGUCAUGUUCGGAUUUUUGUCCGAGAGAAAGAUUUAUAGAUGCAAAAACGAUGCUACCCGUGCGAGCUGAAAUGAUGAAUACGUUUUCAAAAAUGUGUAGUGGUGCAAGAAGAUCAUUUUUUUGUCGAAUGAAGUAUAAAAUACAUAAUGUAAAAGAAGAAGAUGAAACAACGACUGGAUCUAAAUAUUCUCAAUCGGAUUCUUCAUCCGUCGAAAGUAAAUCAAGUGUAAAAAGCUCAGAUAUGAAUGGGUCUUCGCACAAAUUCAGAGGUAAAAUACAUGUAAAAAAAGAUAGGAGGUAUAGUGUAAUUCAAUGUACGGGUUACUUAAAACCUUGGACGCAAAUUGAUGAGCAUGAUGAUAUGUCAGGAAAAAGUAUGGAGCAAGAUGAUACAGAAGGUAGUGGAAUAGGCGGAGAUUCGGAAUCUGGGAAUAACAUCUCAUGUUUAGUCGCAGUUGGGAGGAUUAUCAAUAAUUCCGUAUCUACAUCAUUGCUAUCAGAUAUCGUUAGACCUCCUUGUUUUACUUCUAAACAUACAAUAGAUGGGAAAUUUUUAUCCGUCGAUCAAAGAGUGACAUAUAUAGUAGGAUUUUUACCUCAGGAAUUAUUAGGUACUAGUAUGUAUGAAUAUUUUCACCAAGAUGAUAUCGCUAGACUUGUAGACAUACAUAAAGCUACAUUACAAGAUGGCAAACCAAAAGAUACAGAGAUCUAUAAAUUUCGGGCUAAAGAUAAAACAUAUGUAUAUCUACGGAGUGAAUGGAAAAGUUUUAGAAACCCUUGGACGAAAGACAUCGAGUUUAUUGUCGCAAAUAAUAUAUUGACAAGGUUAGAGUCAAAACAAGAUAGUAGUAAUAAAUCUGAAUGUUCUUCACAAGGUCAACCUCAGAAUAGUUAUGAUUCUUUUAUAGAACAACAGUCAUCACGAAAUCAAAGUUCAGUUGGUAAUAGAGAGAUGCAAAACUUAAUUACGUCUCAUUUGGAAGCUAGUAAAAUUGGUAGACACAUAGCUGACACAGUUUUAGAUGAUAAAAAGAAAAAUAGUAGUACAAAAGAUUUUUCGUCUCAUAAUCGAAGUGGUUUUAUAACAGAGGUAUCUAAUAAUAAUAGCAGCUUGCCAUAUUUAAGAUCAACUUUACCUGUAUUGAAUAAUCCUGGACCCUCAAGCAGUAGUUCUUAUAAUGCGGUCCGAGAAAGUUUAAAUCUUUCUAGUUCAUCUAAUACCGUGGUUACCAAUUUGAACCAAACUUCACCUAUGAUGUAUUCACAGCCUGGACUUGUGAUUCCUGGUGAUUCUGAGGACAUGCUUGGAGAUAUAAUGUCUCCAUCUCCGCAACAGUUACCUAGCAAUGAUACUAACGAUGAAGCUGUGAUGGCCGUUAUAAUGAGUCUUCUAGAAGCGGAUGCUGGACUCGGUGGUCCAGUAGAUUUUUCUGGUUUGCCGUGGCCUUUACCAUGAAUUUAGUUUAGUUAUUGUUUAAACAGUUUUAUAUGUUCUGUGUUAUAACUUAUAAUAUUUUUAAGUUUUGUUUGACUACUAUUAAUUGUUAUUGAGUUUGUAAUUAUUUUUUUUUCAUUAUAAUUAUUUUAGUUUGUUUACAAAGUCACGUUGUUAAUGAUUGUUUCUCAUCUAAUUGUCUGAUAAUUGUUAAAUCUCGAAUUUAAUAAAUAUUGUGUAUGUCUGGAGAA